AUGCGCUCGAGCAACAAACCUACGACCGUCAUAGGCCUCCGUUACCUUCUACCUCGCGACUACUGGACCUUCACCUAUCUGCCAUAUUCGGGACAUUCGUCAGUCAACAGGCCUAUCGCGUUGCCACACCACAGUCGCAAAGAUUUGGCAACCGAAAUUGGGAUCAACCUCUCAGCUCGACAGGAUUUCCCGGCGCCAGGGCUCUGGGCAAGCAGUCUGCUGAAUGAAAACGUCGGGUGCCGAUCCACCAAAUGCCGACGUCGUUUUUUUCGCUUAAUCGGAUAUUGGGCCGCGCCACCUCAACAAGCGCUGAGCAAUGACCUUGCAGAUUCUGCCGAGCGCGACCGUGAAACUGGUACCGGCAAACGGGUGCAUGUCGUCACUCCCACGACGCCGAUAUUGAGUGUCCGAUCAGACGGAGACGAUACAGGACGGCGUGAGCUCAUCGUGCGGUACCUGUGCUACUCGAACAGAUUGGUUUCCGGUCGAACAGUAUCGAGCAGUCUCGCGAAGCGACUAGAUGGGAAACUUGGCGCCAUUGUAUCACGUGUCGCUUUGCGCAACAGCGGGGCGGCUGCCUCCGACAAACCCCCAAGCUGA